GGUCACUAUCAAGUUUCUAAGCGGAAUAGUGUAGUAGCCACAUCGAAACUAUAGGCCACUAGGGAAGCCAUUGCCUAUAGUUUAUGAGAGCCAGUGCAUAAAGUUUUAUUUAUUUUGAGUAUUGUUUUUGCUUUGUUUAGUAUGAGUGACCAAUCAGGACCUUCGAAAAGACUCAAUGCAAUGCCGGAUCGUGCAAAAAAGCGUCUAAAAAAUACAGAGGUAGAGUUAUUACUGGAUUCGGACGACGACUUUUAUGCAGGAAGUGAUAUCGAUGAUAUAAACUAUGAAUUUGUCGAUAGUGAAAGUGACUCGGAAUCCGAAGAAAACGAAGCUUCGCAGUUGCAGUUUCCACGACAUGUUGGAGUACCGACUUCAGUUCUAUGAGGGAAAUUCCUUUUACUCGGACAAAUUCACUACUAGUGCCAGCGCCGAAUAAUCCAAAGGAUUAUUUUGAUUUAUUUGUCAGUGAAGAUUAUUUACAAAAAAUCGUCAAUUGCUCAAAUAGAUACGCAGAAAAGUUGAAAAAUUCAUCUAAUCAGGCUCAGUCUCGAAUUACACAAUGGAAGUCGCUCACUAUGGAAGAACUGAAAAUCUUUAUUGGGUUACUAUUACACACUAGUACAGCAAAAAUGAAUCGCAUUGUUGAUUACUGGAAAAGUCACCGUUUAUAUAAAUCAGUUUUCCCUCAAUAUAUGUCAAGAAAUAGAUUUCAAAUAAUUCUUAGAUGCCUCCAUUUUGUUGAAGAACAAAAUAAUACCGAUUGCAUGGAUAAAUGCAAAUUAGUAAUAGAUAAUUUCAAUAAUGUUAUGGAACGUAUUUAUUACCCCGAUCAAAAAUUGUCUAUAGAUGAAUCGAUGAUUUUAUGGCGUGGUCGCCUUAUUUUCCCCCAAUACAUGGAGGUAAAAAGACACAAACAUGGAAUCAAGUUAUAUGUACUUGCGGAACCAAAUGGUACCAUCCUAAAAGUGCAUCUAACUGCGGAGAAAUGCCACACUGAAAAAAUAGUGCAAAAGUUGUUACAGGGAAAAUUGAACGCUGGCCAUGCACUAUUUAUGGACAAUUUUUAUAACAGCUACAGUUUAGCUAUCAAACUAUUGGACCAAAAUACCUAUUGCACCGGUACAUUGAACAAGAAACGUAAAGAUAACCCAAACAGCAUAAUGACAAAAAAAAUAAAAAAAGGCGAAAAUGUAUCACAGUGUCGUAACGGUGUCCAUAUAGGGAAAUGGAAGGACAAAAGGGAGAUAAAUUACAUAUCUACCGAAUUUUCUAACGAAAUGCAAGAAGUGACCACCAGACGAGGCACUGUAACAACAAAACCUGCAGCCAUCAUAAAUUUCAACAAAAACAUGUCAGGCAUUGAUCUACAAGAUCAAAUGCUCAGUUACUACCCAUGCGAAAGGAAGACUUUACGUUGGUACAUGAAAAUUUUUAUACAUACUUUGAUGAUGAGUCUGAUAAAUGCCCGGCUACUUUAUAACAAAUAUUCUAAUCAGAAGAGCAUGACACUUUAUGAUUUCAGGGAAAAAAUUAUUGAAUCCUAUUUGUUAAAAAUAACAUCCGAUCCACAAACAACACAGAAGUCACGUGGAGACCAAGAACAACACAAGUUAACUAAAAUUGAAAAAACCAAACCGCGAUGUCUCAGCACCGGCAAAACAGUAAACGCAACGUCCAGAAAGGAUUGCAGAAAUUGUUAUAAAAAUGAAAAAAGGGUAAACACCACCACUGAAUGUAAAAAAUGUCCAGGUUCUCCCCCAUUAUGUUUUGAUUGUUUUUUUGAAUUGCAUUAUUGCACUGCUAAAUAAUUUUAUAAUUUGUAUCUCUUUCUUUUUAUAAUUAGUCCAACGAAAUGAAAACUAGUAAGUUCACUAUAAAUGGUGAUUUUUGAUAAUUACU